AUGCCAGAAAGAAUUAAAAAUGAAGACCUGAAAGAUAACACCAGAAGUCUAAACAUACCUGAGAGAAAGACAGGCAGCCCUAUGGUUGAGAAGCGAGAUGGAGAAAAUGAGAAACUUCAGCUUCACCAAACAAUUUACCCAGGGGAAAAACCUUUUCAGUGCUCAGUGUGUGGAAAGAGAUUUUGGUUGAGUCACACUCUUCAAGUGCACCAAAGAACCCAUAUAGGGGAGAAACCUUUUGAAUGCUCAGAGUGUGGAAAGAAAUUCACUUGCCGUUCUGCUCUUCGGACACACCAAGGAACCCACACAGGAGAGAAGCCUUUUGAAUGCUCAGUGUGUGGAAAGAAAUUCAGCUUGAGUAACUAUCUUCAGCAGCAUCUAAAAAUCCACACAGGGGAGAAACCUUUUCAAUGCUCAGAGUGUGGAAAGAGAUUCAAUCACAGUGGCACUCUUCAGGAACAUCUAAGAACCCACACAGGAGAGAAACCAUUUGAAUGCUCAGAGUGUGGAAGGCGAUUCAAACACAGUGGCACUUUUCAUCAGCAUUUAAGAAGCCAUACAGGGGAGAAACCUUUUGAAUGUUCAGAGUGUGGACAAAGAUUCAGCCGGAGUGGCACUUUUCAAGAACAUCUAAGAACCCACACAGGGGAGAAACGUUUUGAAUGCUCAGAGUGUGGAAAGAGAUUCAACAGGAGUAACAACCUUCAACGGCAUCUAAGAACCCACACAGGGGAAAAACCUUUUGAAUGCUCAGAGUGUGGAAAGAGAUUCAGUCUGAGUGGCACUCUUCAAGAGCAUCAGAGAACCCACACAGGGGAGAAACCUUUUGAGUGCUUGUUGUGUGGAAAGAAAUUCACUUGGAGUGCCGCUCUUCAGAAGCACCAAAGAACCCACACAGGGGAGAAACCUUUUGAAUGCUCAGUGUGUAGAAAGAGAUUCCGUCAGAGUGGCCAUCUGGACCAGCAUCUAAGAACCCACACAGGGGAGAAACCUUUUGAAUGCUCAGUAUGUGGAAAGAGCUUCCGUCAGAAUGCCACUCUUCAACUGCAUCAAAGAACCCACACAGGGGAGAAACCUUAUGAGUGUUCAGAAUGUGGAAAGAAAUUCAGUAGGGGUCACAAUUUUAAACUGCACCGAAGAACCCACAUUGGGGAGAAAUCUUUUGAAUGCCCAGAGUGCGGAAAGAGAUUCAGGUUGAGUCACACUCUUCAGCGGCACCAAGGAACCCACACGGGGGAGAAACCUUUUGAAUGCCCAGAGUGUGGAAAGAGAUUCAGUCGGAGUGGCCAUCUGGAACAGCAUCUAAGAACCCACACAGGGGAGAAACCUUUUGAAUGCUCAGAGUGUGGUAAGACAUUCAUUCGGAAUGACUCUCUUCAACAACAUCAG